UCCAGUAAAUUGGCAAUGAACGCUAACAUAUGAUUGGUCUGCCGCACUGAUACGUAGGCGGAUUGUCAAUUCUAGUCAUACGAUCUGUCAUCAUCCUUCGUACAAUGCGAAAGGGGAAGUUGAAAGAAGUGGGAGAGGGACAUCGCGGAGCCUUUUGAAAUCUAGCGUUAGAGUUGCUGGCUGGUUACUGGACACACUGUGAAAGACACUGGAGUGCCACAAAUAUUGUCCUGGAGACAACAUUCACAUUAACUAGCUUCCUCAUUUUGGCAGGUAUUUUCUGAAGUUUUUCACAGUACAUCAGUGUCUUAAAGGAAGAGAGUGGACGGUGUGACAUGGCAAGUAGAGGUGGAGCUACACGACCCAAUGGGCCAAACGCAGGCAACAAGAUUUGUCAGUUCAAACUUGUGCUUUUAGGAGAGUCAGCGGUGGGGAAGUCAAGUCUCGUACUCCGUUUCGUCAAGGGACAGUUUCACGAAUUCCAAGAGAGCACAAUCGGAGCUGCCUUCCUGACUCAGACAGUAUGUUUGGACGACACAACAGUCAAGUUUGAAAUCUGGGACACAGCUGGUCAGGAGCGCUACCACAGUCUGGCUCCCAUGUACUACAGAGGUGCCCAGGCAGCCAUCGUGGUCUAUGAUAUAACAAAUGAGGAGUCAUUUGUACGGGCGAAGAACUGGGUUAAAGAGCUUCAGAGACAAGCCAGUCCAAAUAUUGUAAUAGCCCUGGCUGGGAACAAGGCGGAUCUCGCAAACAAGAGAGCACUGGACUUCCAGGAUGCACAGUCAUACGCAGAUGAUAACAGCUUGCUCUUCAUGGAAACGUCAGCAAAGACCUCUAUGAACGUGAAUGAGAUUUUCAUGGCCAUUGCAAAGAAGCUACCCAAGAACGAGCCUCAAGCCGCCGGGGCCAGUAGCGGGCGGAACCGGGGAGUGGACCUGACAGAGACGGCUCAGCCCACCAGCCGUCCCUGCUGCAGUAACUAACCCAGCUCUUCCUGCUCAUCCUCCCCGCGCACAUCCCUCACUCUGCUCACCUCCCCUUCUCAACUGAACAACAUCUGGACAUCGGGCUCCUUGGCUCUCUGACAUCAGACCUGACCCUCCACCUCACUCCCCUGGAUUAGCUAAAAGACUCUGUAUAGCUGCAUUUCUAAUACCUUUUUUUUUGUUGAUGUUCUUUUUUUUUUUUUUUCUUUUUUCUUUUUUUUAACCUUUUUUAAGAAGUGUAUAUCAGUAUAAUGGAUGCAUGUAUCACUACAACGCCUAAAAACACAUUUUUGGUUCUUAUUAAGUUGGAAGACUAACCCCAUUUAAGAAAGCUGAGCGAGUGAGAAACCUGUGAAUGUGUGAUUGUGUUGUGUGUGAGUUUCCAAGAGUGAUUUGCUGAUGAGAAGGUGUAGCCUCAUUUGUCACUUCACAGGGUCGACUGGAUGCAAAUUAUGUUGCCUGUAAUAUUCUUUCUGUGCGGGUUAUGUUUUGCUCACAAUCAGGAGAAAAACCAAAUUGUUCCCAUCUCGAGACGCUCGGCUUCUCAGACUGUUUGUUGUGAGGCAUUGAUGUGUCGAGACAGUGCCAGGAAAGGACUGUCAGGCAAACUGAGAACCCCCUCCCUCCUCACAUCAGUUACUCAAGAGGAAAUCUUUGUCCAAGGCUCCUAAUGGAAAAAAAAAAAAGGCGUAUUUUGAGAAUAUAAAAUAAAAAAAACGCAUUGAAACACGUCAGGCUUCCCAUUAUGCGCAACCAAUCUCAUUUGUUUUUUAUAAAAACCAAAAAAUGUGAAUCUUCAUCUGUAGAGCGAUUAUGGGCUUGUCACGUUGCCGUACAUCAUAUUGAACGACAGAGUCUUCAUGGGUGUGGAAAACAUGGAGUUUUGGAAAGUGCAGGAACAUCAGGAACCAACACCUUCAGGCCAACAUGAAACCGGUAUGACAAAAGGUUUAAAUCCAGCUUUGCUGUUUAACGAAUGCUUUCGUGUUGCGGCAUCGUCACCCAAGUCCCACGUCAGUUCUGACACCGAUCUGGCUUCACGUUAAAAAGAAAAUCAACAGGAAACCUGAAGACUGUUGAACAUCCUGUUUAUUGAGUCAUCUUGCAAAGACUUAGACAUGAGUAGUACUAUGUUAAACUCUUGUUUUUCUUAAUCCCCUCUGUUUCUGUUCAGGCCAGUAGCCAACCUUCAUCGGUUUGGGUGAUCUGAGGGGGGGCGUGGGGGUUAUUAGAAUAGAGUUCAGACAGCACACAAACAGAAAAUUGGACUACUACCCAUUGUCGCAAAUCUGUGGAAAAAUAUACUCUAAUGUUGUUAUAGGGUGCAAUGUUGCGAUGUUGUCUUCUCCCUUCUUUAGUACAGCUUGCAGGGCUCAUGAGCUCACCAGGAAAUGUAUCUAGAGAUUCCGAACAAUUGUACAGUUCAAUAUAGGUCUUUUUUUUUUUUUUUUUUUUUUUUUCUUCUUCCCAUUCUAGACCUUGUCACAAACUGGUCAAAUGUUAUGCAGUGGUGGUCUUUUUAGGUAUAUGUAGUGUUAUUAACGAAAUCCCCAUGUGGUGUCUUGUUACUUUUCUCAGAAAUGGUCAUGUUUGAAAGGAACUUUUAUUGCAUUGCACAGUGUUGAUCAUGUUUUAAUUAAUGACUGCCCUUCAAUUUUAUAUGACAGACUGUAUUGGACCUGCUAACCUACGGCUAUAAACAGGUAGCAUACUUAACCUAACUGGUGGUCUCUCUUACAGCUCAAUGAAUUUUAAUGAUGUAAAACAGCAUUACUAGUGAUGGGCUGAUCAGUUUUGAGUGUCUGAAUACAACUUAAUAAAUUCAAUAAAGAGGUCUCUUGUA